UUUGGGCUUGCGGACUGUUUCUCACACCAAAGGAGAAAGGGAGAUCACUUGCCAUUCGACUUGUAUCCCUCACAGGUGUCCGAAGUACUUUCGUCGGUUCACCUCUCUCAGCCAAAACAACCCGAACCCCGCCUUAUCUGGCUUCUCCGGUGCCCUCCAGGCACAACGAACCACCGACAACAUGAGUGAUGCCCUCUGUGGUCCCUCGAACGCGCUUCAAACCUUCCAGAAGCAUGCUUCCGUCGACCGGACCCUGCAGCAGGAUAGGUUGAGUGCGCGACAAUCUCCGUCGCAGGGGUUCCGGAACCAAAAUCCUAACACCGGAGCGCUCGACCCCGAAUUUGCUGCCUUCGAAUCCAGCUUAGCAAACGCGCCCCUUCGCGAUAUCCAACACCCAGCUCACUUCGCCGCACCAGCCCCUCAAUUCCCCCUAUCCGGUCCAGCGGAAGCGACGAAUUGGGCUACCGACUUCCAAAGACUGAAUAUCGUGGGACCACCUCCAUUACUGCAUCAACAACCUAACGUAUCACACGCACCACUCUCCUCCGCCUCACAGCAGGGCUGGCACAAUGAAUUCCUCCAGCACCAACAACACCAACAACAGCCUGCCGCGCAACAACAACAACAUCACCCCCUAGCCCAUACCCAAGGAUUUCAACCCUCAUUUGCGCCCAUGUACCAGAUGCACGGAACCAGCACCUACGCCCCGCAAGCAACGACCGCUCCGCAAACAACAUCAGCAGCAGGAGCAGCCUUCGACGAAUCCGCCUUCGAGGCCGCCUUCGCGCAGGCCAGCGCAGCGAUAGUAUCCCAAGAGACCGAGACCGCGACAGCGACUGAGACUUUAGAGGAAGCCACCGCAGCCGCUGAAGAACAAACACAGCAAUCCCCGGCGCCGCUCGAAGCCUCCGAACAGAUCAGAAUCGGGUCCGACACGAUCCCGCAAUCCGACAAAACCAACGACCCCCAAACGCAAGCCCACGACGCGGACGCGCUCGCGCGCACCGCCGGCCAACUAGUCGACAGCCUCAAGCACGACACCAGCCAGAAGUUCCGGGACAGUAACUUCCUAGCGCUGAUGCGGCGCAUCCGCGACCGUGAGGUGCAUAUCCAGGGCGAUGAGUUUCAAGAAACUUCGCAGACCCUCCAUCCGGGGGGCCGAUAUUAUCCUGAAGGCUACCAGCAGCGGUCGCAUUUGGGACAGACCGCGGAUACUCAGGGCUCGGGUGGCCAGGGGGCUGGGUCUUCUGGUCUUACUACGGAUACCACGCACCAAAGCUCCUCAAACGGACCCGUCCAGCCCGCUCACGCCGCGGAAGGAGGAGUCCCUGUAAGCCGCACCUCGGGCGACAGCGGCCUGCUCUCUGAUACCUGGAACCACGGCGACCGCUGGGCGUGAAGCGCCAAUACCGCGCGGGUAGAUUCACCCACCGGACAAUCAUCUCAAAAAAGCCCUCCUAUCACCAGCCGCUAUACUGCUGCUCAUACAAAAGCUCGAUCCCUCCUGUCCCUGUCUUCUUCCCUCAUUGUGGAUUUUAUUGCAUUGUCCCUUGCAUGCACCUACAACCUUGGCACCCCGCUAGAACUCAACAUCCUGUGCGUCGACCAGCUCGUCUUUCUCUAAGAUUAUGACCUAUUAAUGAGUACAUGUAAAUUGAAUUCUUCCUCUCGACAGGGCUGCGGGU